UGGGGAAAUAGUACUCUAACCGUGUUUCUCUGUGGAGACAUUGCACUAUUAAGCGAAAGGUCGCGGCUCUUUACUCAUCUUCGCCCUGUGAUGAUGGAGAAAGUGUUUCUUGGUAAUCUGGCAGGAGACGUUAACGAAGGAACAAUACGCAAGUUGCUUGAACAACAAGGAAUCCUUUUCAACAAUAUUUCAAUGAAAAGAAAUUUUGCAUUUGUAACGGUAAAAGACAAACUCUCCGUGGAAGAAGUAGUCAAGAAACUCAACGGUUAUAAUCUUGAAGGAUCUGUAAUGCAGGCUGAGCCAUCAAAUGGAAGGAGAAGUCGGAGGAGCAACAAGAUACAAAUCCGCAACUUACCUCCACAUUGUUCUAAGGAACAGAUUGAAGAACUUGUGAAUGUUACAUCAAGAUGCCCUAAAAAGUUUGAACAAGUUGGCUCUGAAGGAAUAAUGUAUGUAACAUUCAACAGUCCUGAGGAGGCUGAGGAGUGUGUUGAGCAGCUGAAUGAUUAUCGGUUUGAAGAUGGUACACAAAUAAAGGUGGACUUUUUCCGAAAUCAACGUCGAUCAAACAGAAGCAAUUCCAACAGUAACUCUGGCCUUGCUCGACAAGAUCUUCCUUUACGCAUUGUAGUUGCCAGUGACUAUGUAGGAGCAAUUAUUGGAAAGCAAGGUCAAACUAUAAGAAAGAUAACAUCAGAGAGCAGAGCUAGAGUGGAUAUACAUAGGAGGGAAAGUCAUGUUCCUGACACACUUGUAACAAUCAAAGGUUCACCAGAGAGUUGUUCAAAAGCUUGCAAGGAAAUAAUGACUGUUGUUAGACAAGAAGCAGACUCAUUAAACCGAGGUGAUGUCCCUUUUAGAAUUUUAUGUCCGAAUAGCAUCUGUGGAAGAAUAAUUGGCAAACAAGGCAAUGUCAUAAAAGUUUUUAUGGAAAAGACCAAUACAAAUAUAGUAGUUUCAAGUUUUGAUCCCUUUCCUGGAGGGCUUAUGGAUUCAUCUAGCAACUAUGUAGACAGAGUAAUUACAAUAACUGGCUCCACUGAUAGUUGUUCAGAAGCAGAAGAAAAAAUAAGUGAAAAAAUGAGACAGUGUUUUGAGCAAGAUGCAGGUUCAUUUCAGUAUGGUGCUCAGCAGCACAUGAUGUUUCCUGGCAUGCCUGGACUUCCCUUAAUGCCUGCAAUGGGACCUUAUCAAACCAUGAGACCACCAAUGCCAUAUAUGGGAGCUGCUUAUUAUCCAGGAGCUUUCAGUGGCCCUCCACAGGUUCAGCAACAGCCAGAAGUAGUUCAACUAUAUAUACCUGAAAAGUCUGUUGGGGCAGUUAUUGGUAGCAAAGGUCAAAAUAUUAAGAAUAUAAUGCGACUGUCUGGUGCUCGCAUUAAGAUUUUAGGUGCCAAUGACAAAAAUGGAUCAGGAGAGAAUAAUCCCUUUAGUCAUUCAGGUGAUGAACGUAAAGCUGUAAUCUCUGGAUCUCCUGAAGCCCAGUGGAAGGCUCAGUUCUACAUUUUUGAAAAAGUUAAAAAUGAGUUGAGACUAGCAGCACAUGAUGAAGUUCAUUUGAGAACAGAAAUAAUGGUGCCAAAACAGAGUAUUGGAAGGAUAAUUGGAAAGGGUGGCCAAAACGUUAAAGAGAUGCAGAGAGUUAGCGGUGCCAUAGUUCAACUUCCAAUGGAAGAGCAAGGAGAUGUUGAUGAAGUUCCAGUUACAAUUAUAGGCCAUUUUUAUGCCACUCAGUCUGCUCAAAGACGUGUACGUUCCCUUAUGAAUACAUUCUCAAGAGCUCAACCUGCUCCUAGAAGAACAAGGCCAGGUGCCCCUCAGCAGCUGCUAUAAUUUUUCAUGCAUGGGCAGUGUCAAAAGUUAAGCUCUCUCAUUGAUCUUUGAUGGAUACUCGAAAGCCUGUUGAAAUUUAACUGCUUGUCAAAUCUUUUUAAAAAAUUUUCAGUUGAGCAUACAAAUUCCUGCUGUCAUUUUCUCGCUAUGCUAGGCUGGCAUUGCCCAAGCCCUAAUUGUUGGUUGGUUUUGUUACAAAAUACUUAAUAUGUUUAGAUUGUGCUACAUUUAUUGUGAUUCUUUUUUUUUUUUUUUUUUUUUUUUUUUGCGCCCCUUAAAUCAUGUUUUGGAUUUAGGAGUGAAAGAAUGUGUCUAUUAUAUACACAACUUGUUAUACAAUUUGUUCUAAACAUGUUGGUUUGAGAUCAAAAUUGAUGUGAAGAUGAGAUAACUAUUUUUUUAAUGAUUGUUCAACUUUUUUCUAUAUGUUGAUAAUAUUAUAUAUUUAUGUAUUUUAUGGUGAGAAUACGCUUUUGUACUCACUGAAAGUUUGAUAAAAUAUGCAAAAUAUUGAACAAGAUACAGCAAAAACCGUCUUGCUAGAUAAAUGCAAUGUGGGUUUGGUACAAGCUAAAACUUUCAGUAUUUAUUUUAACGUACCUCUGAGUUUACAAUAGCCUUUCUCAAAUAUCUGUUCCUAGCUGUUUAAUUUAUUAUGUCAAAUGGUGUGUUUUGUGUAUCAACUUUGAAACAUCAGUUAUCACACAAGUUGAAGUUCGUAUUGUUCUUCUACUUCUAUUACGUAAGAGUAUGUAUUGCAAGAAAACCAAUGAUUUUUGUAAUCUAGUGCUUGUCUCUAGUAUUAGCAAUUGAAUGCUAGUCAUAAAAGAAAUUUAACACUAUCCAGCUUAGCUCACUGAGAAAAUAACCUCAGGAAAAUUUCUACAGCACAAAAACAUCAUGAAAGAUUUAUGAUGAAAAGCAUUUGACAAUUUUUGUAGACUUAAUUGCGCUUUUUUUUUAAAAAUUAUUAUUAUAAAAGGUCAGCUGUUAAAGAAAUUCAGCAUAGUUUUCUUUUUAAGUUUCAAUUACCUUGCAUUCAGUUAAGUCAUAUUAUUUAAAUUAUACAUUUUUAGGGUUGAGUUUAGUUAUCUCACCCUUAUAUCUAUUUACAUUCCAUUAAUUACAACUUAACAAAUUAGCUGUUAACCCAUUAACUCCUUCCUAAUUUUAAUUUUGUCAAAACUUCUCUGAAUCUGUAAGAAUUCUUACAUUUGUUUUAAUCACUGUAUUAACUGUACAUAAGAGACAUGGGUUUUUUCUUUGAGUUAUUUAUAUAAUAUAGUACUAGUCAACCAGUAUUUAUAAUAAUUAAAACAUUAGCUGACCUUUUUUUUUUUUAAUUUGAAUUUACUUUUUCUUAAGAUGCAUACAGUUUCUAGUUAAGUGGGUGUUUUUUAAAGAUAAUUUUGAACCAAUAAUGUAAGCUGCAAAUGAAAAUGAAUGUCAUGGUCAUAUCACAUAUUCUGAGUCAUCUUUUUAUAUUUGAAAAAAUAUUAAGAAACUGAAAUAUGUGAGUAGACCUAUUGUUAUUUGUGUCACCACUAUACAUUUAUAAUUAAAGCAUGUGAUUGGUUCAUGUUAUUUAAACAUUUAAAAAAUGUAGGUAAUUGUAACUUGAUUAGGAUGUGAGCGAAAGUUUUGAUAUCUUUUUGACACUUUUGGUUAGUGAUGUAUUAUCAAUGGUCUGUUACAAGUACUUCUUUAAAGUAAUCAUGUGAGCAGAUUUAAAGAAAUGACUCCAGCAUGGUUACAUUUUUAAAAACUGAAGUAGGCUAACAUUAAAGUUUCUACAUGUACUUGUAUUUAAAACAUCUGUUGGGGAAAAGCCAGCACUGCCUUGCUUAAGAACAGAAAUCCUAGUUCAAAAAAGGUGUAAAACCAAUAGGUAUAUGUGGCUUGGUGAUGGGAUUUUGUCUUUCAAUUAAGAAAGCAUGUUGGUUCACCCAUGCCUGUUUUAUGAUGUUACAGUUAAAGAGGAAUGAUUAUUUAUUACCACUUUGAGUAAACCUUUUCUUUGUUGUUGUUGUGUUGUUGUUUUUCAUUUUCUAUCCGACCUAAUUUUUCUCUCCAAUAUUUUUUAGUACUUGUUCAGUUAAGAUUAAAGGUAGUUGGUGGAGACAAUAGUCAUGCGCAGCAUUAAUUUUAUCCACUAUUCUUGAACAUAUAGUGCAUACAGUUGUUUUAUGAUGUUGAAUAGUCAGAAUAGGUUGACUAUUUAGUACCAUUAGUAAUGUCAAUUCUAUGGCACUAAGUGUAAAAAAAAAAUAUACAAAUCACUACUGUCCUGCUCCCUCCUGCCUCUUUAAAUGAAAAAAAAAAGAAAAAAAUAUCUUGUUCAA